AGAAGACUUUGGUUUCUGAUAGUCAUGGACUCACUAGGCUGCUGAGGAAGAUCAAUAAUAUCUACUGGAUCCAGUCAUGAAAAGUCAAGGAUGGAAAUGGUGAAUUGAGAAGUUCGUGGCCAGACCAGUACCUCCAAGUCUCCAGAAGAUGUGUGACCAACCAAAACCCAGUCAAUGCUGCCCCCCAAAAGGCAAUCAGUGCUGCCCGCCAACAACCAAUCAGUGCUGCCCCCCAAAAGGCAAUCAGUGCUGCCCACCAACAACCAACCAGUGCUGCCAGCCAAAAGGCAAUCAAAGCUGCCCGCCAAAACACACUCACUGCUGCCAGCCAAAACCCCCAUGCUGCAUCCGGGCCAAGUGCUGUGAUUUGGAGACCACGCCUGAAUGCUCACCUGUUAAUAAGGAGGCUGAGCCCAACUCACCCCAAACUCAGGACAAGGGCUUCCAAACCCAGCAGCAACCCCAUAGUCCACAAUACGAGUCCAGACGAAGGAAAUGAGAGCAGAAGUCACACAAAUAGAUUGUUCCUGAGGUCAUGCCUAUCACUCUGUAGGUGGGGGAUUACUGAGAGUCAGGCUAGACCUAUGUUAAGAGAAGCAGUUUUCACAGUAACUACCAUUUCCACACAAUGAGAGACUCCUAUUUCCCUUCAUAGCUCCCUCCCUAGGGAGGCCUCCAUCUGGAAAUGGGAGGUUGAAGAGGCUGGAAUCAUUUUUCCUAGUGAUCCUGACAUUUAGACAGCACAGAAAUAAAAGAGCAAUAAAAAGAA